CAAAUUGCAGGCAAUGAUUCAAGAUCAUGAACAUUCCAUUGGAUUUUCUCCACAAAAUGUGCUCAUACGAAGUUGAAAUUCAUGGUGUCAAGGUUAAGACACACAUAGCUGAUUGGUCCAGCCUAGUUGAUACACAUUUAUGAAAUGUAUAAGUUCAUUUUUAGAGAAAAACGUCUUGUUGCUCUUGACGUUAAGACUCUGAACGAUGUAGCGCGGUUGCUCACUCUCUACGCUGGGACUGAAUUCCUCAUAAUUCAGUUACAUUCUUUUGACUCUUAUCCCUUAUUGCUUGGUGAUUUAUUUUCUCAAGCGACUGUUUGUUUUGUUGGUGUUAGGAUGAGUGACAUUUUGAGUUACUCCAUUAACAUCAAAGGAAAAAUCAUAAAAAUUAGCGCUGAAUGUAAUACUGGGGUUGAGCUGGGCUAUUUGGCUGCUAGAGUUCUAAAGAACCCUGAUCUCAUUCAAGAACAUGGAUUGAAAAAGUUGGCUCAAGCAGUUGGAGUAACAUUGAAGCAGUCAACUUUUUCUGCCACCAAAACACCUGCAUGGAGCGCACGGGUGUUUUCAGCUGAGCAGAUCAAGCUUGCAAUACAUGAUGCCUAUAUGGCUUAUCUCAUAGGUAGCAAACUUUUGGAGAAGAUAGAGGUGUUGAAUUGUGUUAUUGAAAAUGGGAUUUGUGUUUUGUUCUUGAAUCUUGAAUCUUGAUGGGAUUGUGUCUGUGAUAAGGGUCAUGUUUUGCUUUUCUGUUCCGUUCUACACAUUGUUUUGCUGUUUUAUAAAUCGACAUGCUAAGA